AUGGAGGAAAGUACUCUAAUAAAAAAUGGGAAUUAUCACAACUACUAUGAGUUCCGGUCAGAUGAUAGUAGAUCCCAGAUUCUACGAAAAUAUUUAGAAAAGCUCUGGACUGCCCAACAUUACGAUAGGUUGACACUCAAGGACGGAUCGAUACAUAUGCUGGACAUCGGCUGUAACACCGGACAGUUUACGGCAAAAGUACGCCAAAUUCUCACUGAAGUGACCAAGGUAGGCAAUGUUCGUGCCGUGGGUUUAGAUUUAGAUCAUAAGUUGUGCGAACGAGCGAAACGCGGUUUCCCCAAUAUGGAAUUUAUUUGUGGCAACGUGAUGAACAUCGCCCAGUGCGAUCAACCAGGAACUGAAGAUUUAAUUAAGCUUUGCUUGACGCGAAUGGGAAUACAACGGUUCGACGUAAUCUGCUGCUUCUCGGUCCUCAUGUAUGUGCAUCUGAAUGGCGGGGACAUGGGUCUGCGGAAGGUUUUGGAUUACAUUUGCGCAAAUGGAAUAUUUCUGAUCCUUGAACUGCAAGCUUGGCAAAAGUAUCGUGAUCAUGUUCGACGUUUGAAGCGAGCUACAGGACAAAGCUAUCCGCAAUACGCGGAGCUCAAGUGGAAAGGAGGCAGAGGUAUGCUGGAGAAGUACGUGAAAACCUAUAUACAAAGCAAAGGGUUUAAAAUUCUGGGAGAAAGCACCGAGAAGAACGAAUUCAACAGACAGUUAAUAUUCUUUGAGAAAAAAUAUAUUUCAUGA